CUGCGCCUCCAGAGGUCACCCUGGGAAGGAGACGGCUCCUACCCGCGGGAGGAGACUGAGUAGAGACGCCUCCAUCAUCCAUCCCGAGGUGAAUACCGCCUCCAGCGCCUCCAAGAAAAAAUCCUGUAGCUCCCCCUCUAGGGUGCACCCCACCUCCAGCACCCCCAAGGAAAAGCAUGUAGCCACUGCAUCUCAGCGAACUUCUCAUCUCCAGAGCUUCCAGGAGAUGACCAAAGCUUCCAAGACCAGCCGGGGUAGGAGCCCUUGAGUCCCGGAAGUAGCUUCCAGUCCACUUCCGGGAGGAGUCCUUAGGAUUCCAGUCAUUGGGCUAUCGUGCCGGCACGGUGCAUCCUGCUGAACGCGUCCUCCCGGCCCUGGCGGAUUGCAAUCCUGCUGCGGCUGCUGGGACCGGUUCCGGGAGAGUACACCUUCCCAGGACCGUGGGCUUACGUCAGCCUCCUCCCUGCCCUUUGUAGGCCACACACGUGCACGUAGUCAACACUUGUUUUCACAGAAAAAUUAAGCAGUGUCUCUCCCGGACAUGCGCAGCCUGGUUCUAAAUUUGUUUUUGUUGAUCACGUUGCCUCCAGACUCCCGGGGCCCUCGUGACCCUCAUGAGCCCUCCCCCUUCGAUCACGCAGAAGAGUUAGGAAAAGCAGUGGCUUAAGACUCUCUCCCUGGCUCCUGGAGAAAAGGGACCACAUUCUGCGCAGCCUGGCCACCCUCGCCCUAGCGACGAAACCCAAGGUUCUCAUCUCACCCCAUCCCUUUCCUGUCCAUCAAACCAUACCCAGACAGAUGUUGUUUGUUCUUUUUGAGACAGGGCCUUUAUGUAGUCGGGGCUCUGUAACCAUGCUGGCCAUGAACUCUCUGAGAGACCCCCUGCCUCUGCCUCCCGAGUGCUGGGAUUAAAGGCUUGUUGGAGAGAUUUAAGAUUACGCUUCAUGGUACAGGUGGCCUUUCCUAGAACUUUCUCUGACGGUAGCCAGGAAGACUUUGAACUUAGAGGUGGUUAGGGUACCAGUGCCUGGCAAAUUGCCUUCCAGCCCGCAGUUUUCUCUGAAGGUCAGAGUAGGUGAACUGUUACCACAUUUCCGAGAGUGUGAGUGGAAACCCAAGCGGGGAUGAGUUUAGUUAAGCAUCAUUGAGUCUUUAGCACAGUUGGUAGAGGGAUGGCCUAGCUUGCAAGAUGCCUUGGGUUUGAGCAUAAACCAGGGGUUGUGAUGUGCUGGAACGACAGUACUCUGGAGGUGGAGACCAUCCAUACACAGUGGUCUAUAGGCCAGCUUAGCAUCUGGAAUAAAGGUGAACCUAUCUCAAGACAAAGAAAAAUCGCAUUAUUGAAUGUGUUAUUUAUGAAGCUAGGAGAAUUCACAGGAUGUCUGGGGCAUCCCAAUUCUUCACUUAAAGUAUAAAUUUUAAAUGUCUUGGUGGCUCACACUUGGGAGACUCGGGCAGGAGGAUUGUUCAGAGUUCAAGACCAGCCUGGGCUACAGAGUGAGGCUGAACAAUAGCCGUCCUGGCUUUUACAAACACUACAGUAAUAACUACCUGCUGUAUACCUUUGUUAAUUUUCACCUCAGUUUAUGAGCCGGGUGCUGGUGAGUGGCAGGUAAGGUUAGGCAGAGCUUUGAGUGGGGGGUGGGGGAAAUGACUCCUGUUCAAUAAAGUCUGGGUGUAGGCUACCCAGGCUAUCUCAUCCUGAUGGCUCUCGGUGACUUUGGAUGGUUGGGGACAGGAAGGGGAGGGGUGGUGUGUAGACCUGCCUUGCCUUUACUGUGGCUUUUCAGUGACCAGGCAUAUUAUCUGGAGUUAAGCUGGUUGGCGGCUGCCCUGACUGGCUGGUGUCUGCUUGUCAUGCUUGUCAGCCAGCACAUAACUUGUGCAAAUCUCUUUCACCUGAAGUGGUCCCGAGAGAGCCAGAUCCAAGUAUGGAUCAGUCAGAAGAGGGUUGGAAUGACAGUUUGAGGACAGCUAGGACUACAUAGUUCCAGCUCACGUAGAGCUACAUAGCAAGACUCUGUUUUAAGAACCAACCAAACAAGGAGUGGCUGACCAGUGAGGUGGCAGCAUCAUCAAAGUAGACAGUACACUACAUGACACUUAGCACACUAUAGUGAUUAGUAUUGGCUGUGUGUAUAAGACUAAGGGCCCAGGAAGAGAAACCAUUGCUGAGAAGUUGGCCCUAACCCUGUUCCAGCUCAGACUUCUCUGGUUCUCCCACCUCAGUUCAGCUGUCCUUUUGGCAUCUAUUACUCUUAAAGUGAGUGGCCCAAACUCGCUCCUUGGGGUGCCACACCGGUGAUUAGACAUGCCGGGCUAAGAGAGGGCCAGGCUAAGUCAGAGGUCUCCUUUGCAGCUCUCUGUCGGUAGAGAUGCCAGAAGGGCCGUCUGUGAGGAAGUUUCACCAUCUCGUCUCCCCCUUUGUGGGCCAGAAGGUGGUCAAGACAGGCGGCAGCAGUAAGAAGCUACACCCUGCCACCUUUCAGUCUUUGUGGCUCCAGGAUGCUCAGGUGCAUGGGAAAAAAUUAUUCCUCCAGUUUGAUCCAGAUGAGGAGAUGGAGCCCCUCAGCCGCAGCCCACAGCCUGUACAAGGAAUGUGGCAGAAAGAAGCUGGGAACCCAGAGCCAGCCUUGGGUCCCAGUGCUCAGGAAACUUCUGUAGGCCCCUGUGGGUCUGGAGAGCCUGGUCCCAGUACAUCUGAUGGCCCUUACGAUCUCAGGGGAAAGAAGCCUUUAGCAGAGGCCCAGAGGUGGCUGGAGGUCAGGUUCGGUUUGUUUGGCAGUAUCUGGGUGAAUGACUUCUCCAGAGCAAAGAAAGCUAACAAAAGAGGUGACUGGAUAGACCCAGUGCCCAGGCUGGUACUCCAUUUUAGUGGUGGUGGCUUCCUGGCAUUUUAUAAUUGCCAGAUGUCAUGGAGCCCUCCCCCAGUGAUUGAGCCCACCUGUGACAUCUUGUCUGAAAAGUUCCAUCGAGGACAAGCCUUGGAAGCUCUAAGCCAGGCUCAGCCUGUGUGCUACACACUAUUAGACCAGAGAUACUUCUCAGGAUUAGGGAACAUUAUAAAGAAUGAAGCCUUGUACAGAGCAAGGAUCCAUCCCCUGUCUCUUGGUUCAUUCCUGAGUCCUUCCUCUCUGGAGGCCCUUGUGGAUCAUGUGGUGGAGUUCAGCACAGAUUGGCUUCGGGACAAAUUCCAAGGCAAGGAACGGCACACACAGAUCUACCAGAAGGAACAAUGUCCUUCUGGUCACCAAGUUAUGAAGGAGACAUUUGGGCCCCCAGAUGGGCUCCAGAGGCUCACCUGGUGGUGCCCUCAAUGCCAGCCCCAGCUGUCAUCUGAGGGGCCACAGAAUCUACUGUCCUCCUAAAACAUGUGGCCUUUGCCAUAGGACUUGUAGGCUUGGAGAUCCAGAUACUGUGCGUCCUAAGAGAAGGGUGUAGGCAGGGAUAGUAUUACAGGUCAGGGUACGGUCAGGAGGGUCAGUAUUGUUGACAUUCAUCUCAUUGGAUUAUGCCUCAGCCGCAGCUUUCACAGAGGCAGAUGUUUUUCUUUUCUAGUUACUUCUGUGUAAUCCCACCAUGCUGUCAAAAUCCUGACAGUGGGCUGGAGAAACUGCCCAGAGUAGCAGUGAGUCUGAACAGAGAAGGACUGGGGCUAUGCAGCUUCUGGGAGGGGACAGCUGGAGGAUACUAUAUUCCCAGGCUGUAUUGCUAAUGGUGUGCUGUACUGUGUUUUGAGAACUGGUUGAUUUUGAGUCCCUGGAUUUUCUUUCUUCUUUGCCAUGGAGGGGUCAGGGAUGAGAGCAAAGCUUCAGGAAGGUCCUGCUGGUCAGUCUACCUGGUGCUCUCCCAGUGGCUGGGGACUCUAGGGUGGACAGGGAGGUAUGCCCAGGGACUGAGAAAAGCUAGCGGCUGGUUUACCCUUCAAGUUGGGCAUUUGUUGACUGUUGACGUUUGAACAAUUCGUGUGUCUGGGGUUGUAAAGAAACAACCUUUCAAGUUGAUAGGGACCGCUCUAUGGAACUGGAGCAGUAGUUGAACAUUAAACGAUGUGAUAUUUCCUCUUGUCUUCA